GCUUCAACCUAUGACUUCAACCCGCCCGACGCAGCGGAGCAUCAUGGGAUUUGUGGUCCAGGCCGCCCAAUCCAGUUCGAGAAGGCGAGGCCUCACCAAAAUACAACUCCCAUCUCGACCCUCGCACGCCGAGCCCUGUCGUCCAAUCUGAAUAUGUGGGAGGAGCGCGUCCGCCCACAAAAGCCACAUCUAUCUCCCUGUAUCUCCCUCAUAAAAAAAUCAAUUGUACACGAAAAACAGGGAAUACGCGUAAAAUACAAACAGUGGUGACGGCUUGUUUUCGGUGCACGACGGACAGCGACGAAGCGUCCCCGCGUCGUGAGGCGAGAGAGACGGCGGCGACAGGCAGGAGCAGCGGAGAGGGUGUUGUCCUGAUGCUUAAAUGGAAGUGGGUGGGCCUCCACGGUCACACACUGCCAACUUAUCUGUGGAUAUUAUUCUGACAAGCGCUAAUUUUCUCGUUUAUGGACUGGUUAUCCGCUGAAAGAGACGCACGACAGGGCUGCGAGGGGGGCGACGGGCCGGGGACGGUGGCUGGGUCGUCUGUAAUUCCCGUUAUUUGGGACUGCUUGAUUGUGCCUCCGCUUGGCACCGCCCUUCCUGGCCGGUGGGUGGUUUCGUCAAACGGGCAGAUCCGCCACGGCCCAGCGCUGAACAUAUAGGCCGUCCUCCGCCUCUGUACCCGGCCGGCCUUCUACCGUGAACUACACCCUCUCCCUCUUGGUAUAUUAAUGCGUUAUGAGUGACUCGAAGAAGGAAUCAUCUGGAACUGAAGGAGGGAAAGCAUCGAAAAGGGGGAAAAGUUCUGGAUCACAGGAUUCCUCUCAGCCCUCUCCGUUGGCUCUGCUAGCGGCAACCUGCAGUAAGAUCGGAGGGCAGGGGGGAGCUGAGGGGGCCCAGGCCCAGACGGCGGCCCAGCAGAUCCAGGUGCAGGCGGGUCAGAUCCAGCUGCAAGCAGGUCAGCUCCAGGGUCAGAUAGUGGUGGACACAGCAGGAGGUCAGGCCCUGGUGCCCCAGCAGCUGGAACUGGUUCCAGCUCAGUUCACAGGGAACGGCUGGCAGAUCAUCACAACAGCACCUACCAUGGCCAAGGAGAAUACCAAUCAGCCUGUUGCUGUCACCGUGGCUACCACCUUGGCCAAUGACAGCUCACCUGGGGGACGGAAGAUGAAAGAGGUGAAGCCAAUGGGUGGGACCAACAGCGUUGCAGCCAAUCAGCAACAGCAGCAGUUCCAGAUUAUCCAGGUUCAGAACCUGCCCAAUGCUGGGGGCGGGGUCCAGUAUCAGGUCAUCCCUCACUUGCAGACUGCAGAUGGACAGCAGAUCCAUAUCAGUACAGCUCCAACAGCCUCCAUUGGGGCUCUACCAGAGCAGGUCCAGCUCAUCCAGACCCAAAGUCCAAGCCAGCCCCAGGCCAUCCUCCAGCCAGCCAACCAGCAAGCCAUCCUGACAAGUACAGCCAAUCAGACGGUCCCGCUGCAGAUCCGCCCCGCGCAGUCUUUCCCGCUGCAGUUGCAGACCUUGCAGGGCUCCCAGACUCCUGUUAUGACCACUUUACCCAUAAACCUUGGUGGCAUGACGCUCGCUUUGCCUGUGAUAAAUAAUGUUGGAGGAGGCGGGGCUGUGCAGCUCAUCCAAUCAGCAGAUGGCACAUUCUCUGUUGCUAAUGGCAACCAGUUAGUGACAACAGCAGUGACUGCUCCUGCUACGACAUCGGCAUCAACUGUCACGACAGUGGCAGUAGCCGAAGGUGACAGCACGUCAGAUGGGACACAAGUGGUUUCUGCUUCAUCAGAGGGUGGACCAGCUGAUACCCAAGUGCAGAGCAGUGAGGCAGACUCUCAGAGCCAGAACCAGCCCAAUGGGCUGCAGAACCAGACAGAUUCUGCAGGGUCCAUCCAGCAGGUGAUUGUUGGCCAGGUGGGGCACCAGCUCUUGCAGCAGAUUCAGCUGCAGCCUCAGAGUCAGGGUCAGGCCCAAGGCCAGCAGCAACCUCAGCACAUUCAGACCCUCCAACUGGCCCCGGGACAAACCCUGCAGCCCAUCCAGGCCUUCCAGAAUCCAGCCCAGGUCCUUAUUCGUACUCCAACCCUUUCUCCCUCUGGGCAGAUCACCUGGCAAACAAUACAACUGCCCGGGGGAGUCUCCUUGCAAGGGGGCCUUGGGACAGCUCUGCCACAGCAGCUGACUCUGGCCCCAGUGACCACUGGGACAACAAUGGGGGGUGGAGGGCUGGUCUCCCUGAGUGGAGCGCCACUGACGCUCAGUGCAGCCCAAAUCAACCCAGGGUCUGGGGUUCAGACGGUCAGCAUCGCAGGGCUGGGUACUGCUGGGGUUCAGGUGCAAGGUGUCCCCCUCACCAUUACUGGUCUACAGGGUCAACCACAGGGUCAGGAUGGGGUCAAAGUUCAGUCGUCUCCCAUGACAGUCGCUGUCAGCAACGUGGCAUCAGGCUCAUCGAUGAGUCCAGACCAGCUGGGCUCGGUACAGAGCUCUUCAGACCAGGAGGGACUGCCCAACAAGAGGCUACGCCGUGUUGCCUGCUCUUGUCCAAACUGCAGGGACGGAGAGGGAAGAAACAGUGGGGACCCUUCAAAGAAGAAGCAGCACAUCUGCCACAUGGAGGGCUGCGGGAAGGUUUAUGGCAAGACAUCCCACCUGAGGGCUCACCUGCGCUGGCACACCGGUGAGAGGCCGUUCGUCUGUAACUGGAUCUUCUGUGGCAAGAGGUUCACCAGGAGCGAUGAGCUGCAGAGACACCGGAGAACACACACAGGAGAAAAGCGUUUUGAGUGUCCUGAAUGCUCAAAGCGCUUCAUGCGCAGCGACCAUCUCUCGAAACACAUCAAGACUCACCAGAAUAAGAAGGGCGGAGCAGCAGUGGCAAUCAUCACCACUGAUGACAUGGAGGAAGACACGCCUGAAGGCCUGGGCGCCAUCCCUCAGAUCGUUGCUGUGGCAACACUCUCACGUGACUCUGACCCCGCUACACCCACCACUUCUAAUCACCUGGAGGAAGAGGAGGAGGAAGAGGAGGAGUUUGAAUAAGCCACGACUCCUGUCUCUUGGUUUGAAGGCUGGCUUCCUGUUUUUUUGGAAGCCUUCGCAGGGACCGCAAGGGUGGCCACUUUUUCUUUGAGUUUUUUUUUACUUUUAAUUUGACAUCAUUUAAACAAUGUUGUUCUCUCAUUAAAGGGACUCAAAAGAGACGGGAUCAUGCAAUGAACAGAAACCGUAAAAUAUAAACAUUGUUGUCUAAAAUAACUAACACAUAUAAUAACAAAGCUUAGUCUAAUCUUAAAGCAGAUUAGUUUGGCAUUUAUUGAAUGAAUCUAUGAUAAAUCCAUUCCUUGAGGAGGAAAAGAAUAAAAGUGUGUCUAGAUUAGCACAAAACAGGCGAUCCUGCUGAAUCAAAAAACAUCAAACAUGCAGAGACAUUUUCCUAAUCGCAACAGAAUCUAAUUCUAUGCACAAAGUUGUGUUCCUGGUUCACACCUAUCAGACAGUGCUGAGGGUCAAUCAUAAAUCAGGAACAGUUGCAGAGCAGUGACAGAGCAGAGGCAGUUUUAGGAUGGUGUGUGUGUGUGUGUGUGUGUGUGUGUGUGUGUGUGUGUGUGCGUGUGCGUGUAUGUGUGUUUAUGGGACACGUGUGAAUGAGUGGUCGGUUUGUCCACCCAUACUGUCAUGAGGAGGAUCUAGCUAAUGUGAGGUUUAUUUAUGGUUCAGGUGAAGUCCUCGGAUCAGAUUCAGGUGUUAAACCCUUGGAGACCAGUCUACGGAUAAACUGUUACUGAAGAAGAAGAGGGGAUGAUUCUAGAAAAACAAAAAAAAGAGUAGAAAAAAGCACAUAUGAAAAGAUUUAUAAAUAAUGCAUUCCUAUUGAGGCGCAGUGGCCAUUAGACAAAAAAAGGUUUCUAUAGAGAAAAAACAAUCUAGCUUUCUACAACUUUGUUUGUGUAGUGAAAGCAAUACUUUAAAGACAAUCUUAGUGAAACCAUGUUUACAUUGUCAGGGGAAGUUUUCUCUGUUAAUAAAACAAGCCAAGAUGAGGGAGAACAUCUGAGAGCAGUACUGUCGUCUGAACAAAGCCAGUCACUCUGUGGUUACCACAGUGUGGCUUUAACAUCACAGCUUCUGUCUACCCAACGUGACUUUGUCAUUUGUAAUAGUCCAUUGCCAUCAGAUGGUACCUGGUAGGUUUAGCGACAGUUUCGUCUGCAACAUCACUGACGUUUCUUUCUGCUUCCUGUGCUCUGAAGGGCAACACUUCUUGAACUCUAACCCUGCCAACAUGCCCCGCGUACACAAUUGCCUUAACACAAGCUGUGGCACAGAGGGAACUUCAGGGUUAGGUGGACAGGAGCACAGAGAGGUUAAAGGACCAAGUGAUCAGUGGGUGGGAGCGGGUUGGGUAUUUAGCUAUGUGGAUAUUAUGAGACGUUUUCUGGUGGUGUUGCUCUGUGUUAGUUCAGUGCGUACAUUCUUUUUCAAUUAAAUGAUAAUUUUAUUUUAUAGAGUCUAUCAAUUGUUUUAAAAAUUCCCUCCCCCACAAUGUUAACACACAGGACCCCAGUGUGUUCGGCUAAUUUAUUAUUUAUCCUUGAUUUGUACUAUUUGCCUUUUGCUGGACUUGUAUUUGUGUGCGUUGAUUCUGAGGUUGUGUACAGCAUGUUUCAGUUUUUUGCCGUAGUGCUGCUUCUUUCUUCUUUACUCUUUGUGCUUCUGUUUAAUUUUUUCUACGUCUGACAUUGCUGUUCAUUUCUUCUUCUCUUGCGCCAUAACGUGUUUUUUGAAGAAAUAUAAAUAACAAAAGAAGAAGAAAGCAAAAAAGCUACUAUUGUUUAAAGUUGAAAAAGAUUGAUACCAAACAAAUUUAGAUGUUUUUGGUAAUAUUUUGUGUGACAACCAACUUUUUUUUUCUUUGAUAUUUUGUAGUGACAUCUCAUUUGUAAAUCUUUUUCUAAAAGAUGUUUGUUCGUCUCCAUGACAUUUGAUAAUGGGUUUUUUGCCGGGUUAGCCUCAAAGGCUCCAGUUUGUUGAUAUUUUUAAACUGGUUUGUACAAACGUGUUAUGUCGAUUAAAAAAAGGAAAAAAAGACGAAAUCAAGCAGAAAACAUUUGCCUGCAUAACACUUGACAAUAAAGUGAUCAAAAAUGACUUAAA